GGCUGGUUAAAAUAAUUGCAAAUUGGUGACACAGACUCUAAGACCCUGGGUUUGUGUGCGGAGCCAUUUGCGUGGAGUUGAAAUCAGCUCACCAGCUUGUCUGGGGGCACUGGCAGCAGCCAGUGGGAACAGCUUAAGCGCUUGCGAAUUGAAAAUAAUCCCCGCCGAAGGCUUUCAGAGCCUAGGCAUGGCGAAGCUGUCAGAGGCUCAUUUUGAGGAGGAAAAUAUAGAUUAAUCAGACAGUUCUUUUCUGCACCAAAUAUAAUUUAGACCUAAGACAAAUGUCUGAGAAUGGUAUGGGCAAAGUGUGAAGGAAUUGUAAACUGGACAUUCAUUUUCUGUAUUAGUUGAAAUAUUACCUAAGAUGCAGUGCAGUUCUGUCUGAUUCGUUUAGAAUGAGCAAGCGCUGAGCUGACAGCUUGUAAUGCUGUUGGCUUUCAGUUGCUCACAUCCGAGAUUUUAUGCCGCAUUAUGCAGAAGGAAGAGAAUCACAGUAGCUAGCUUUCCUUGAAAUGAAGAGGAAAUAAUAAUAUACCAUUGAAAAUGAGAUCAUGCACCAGGACAUCGUCCCACUCUGCGCUGCCGACAUCCAGGACCAACUGAAGAAGCGUUUUGCAUACCUGUCAGGUGGACGGGGACAGGACGGAAGCCCAGUCAUCACCUUCCCUGACUACCCAGCCUUCAGUGAUAUCCCAGACAAGGAGUUCCAGAAUGUCAUGACCUAUCUCACCAGUGUCCCCAGCUUGCAAGAUGCUGGCAUCGGGUUCAUCCUGGUCAUAGACCGAAGGCGGGACAAAUGGACCUCCGUGAAGGCGUCAGUCCUGCGGAUAGCAGCGUCCUUCCCGGCAAACCUACAGCUUGUCCUUGUUCUUCGCCCAACGGGAUUUUUCCAAAGGACUCUCUCUGACAUCGCUUUCAAAUUCAAUAGAGAUGACUUUAAGAUGAAGGUUCCGGUCAUAAUGCUGAGCUCAGUGCCAGAUCUGCAUGGCUACAUCGACAAGUCACAGCUGACCGAGGACCUUGGGGGGACCCUGGAUUACUGCCACACCCGGUGGCUAUGCCACCGCACGGCGAUCGAGAGCUUCGCUCUCAUGGUUAAGCAGACGGCCCAGAUGCUGCAGUCCUUUGGGACCGAGCUGGCCGAGACGGAGCUGCCCAAUGAUGUCCAGUCAACAAGCUCGGUGCUCUGCACGCACACUGACAAGAAGGACAAAGCUAAGGAGGACCUGAGGCUGGCACUGGAAGAGGGCCGCAGCGUCCUCGAGAGCCUCAGGACUCCUUUGGCCGAGGGCCUGGAGCACAGUGUGAACCAGGACCAGCUGGACAACCAGACCACCGUGCAGAGGCUCCUGGCCCAGCUGAAUGAGACUGAGGCUGCCUUUGAUGAGUUUUGGGCAAAGCACCAGCAGAAGCUCAAGCAGUGUCUGCAGCUGCGGCAUUUCGAGCAGGGCUUCCGUGAGGUCAAAGCUGCCUUGGAUGUAGUGUCCCAGAAAAUCGCAACCUUCACCGACGUUGGCAACAGCCUGGCACACGUGGAGCACCUGCUGAAGGACCUCGGCAGCUUUGAGGAGAAAUCCAGUGUGGCCAUGGGAAGGGCCCGGGCCCUGUGUCUGGACGGCGAGCAGCUCAUUGAGAACAAGCACUAUGCUGUCGACUCAAUCCGCCCCAAGUGUGAGGAACUCCGGCACCUCUGUGACCAGUUUGCAGCUGAGGUCGAGAGAAGACGGGGGCUACUCACCAAGGCCCUGGGGCUACACAGCCUCCUGGAGACGUCCAUGAAGUGGUGUGAUCAGGGGAUCUACCUGCUGGCCUCGCAGCCUGUGGACAAGUGCCAGUCCCAGGACGGGGCCGAGGCAGCCCUGCAGGAAAUUGAGAAAUUCUUGGAGACCGGUGCAGAAAACAAGAUCCAGGAGCUCAACAACAUUUAUAAGGAAUAUGAAUCUAUCCUCAACCAAGACCUGAUGGAACACGUGCGGAAGGUCUUCCAGAAGCAGGAGAGCAUGGAGGAGAUGUUCCACCGCAGACAGGCCAGCCUGAAGAAGCUGGCGGCCAAGCAGACACGGCCCGUGCAGCCUGUGGCUCCUAGACCAGAGGCACUGACCAAGUCGCCCUGCCCCUCACCAGGUACGAGGCGAGGCUCUGAGAACUCCAGCUCUGAGGGCAGCACACUCCGGAGAGGGGCCUACCGGAGGGUCAAGAGUGAGAUGAGUGGGAGCCGACAGGGCCGGAGCAACUCCGCAGGGGAUGAGGAAGAGAGCCUGGCCGUCCUACGCAGGCACGUGAUGAACGAGCUGCUGGACACGGAACGGGCCUAUGUGGAAGAGCUGCUGUGUGUCCUGGAGGGCUACGCUGCCGAGAUGGACAAUCCUUUGAUGACACAUCUCAUUUCAACAGACCUUCAGAACAAGAAGGACAUUCUGUUUGGAAACAUGGAAGAAAUCUAUCACUUUCACAACAGGAUCUUCCUGAGGGAGCUGGAAGGCUACGUGGACUGCCCGGAGCUGGUGGGCAGGUGCUUCCUGGAGCGGAUGGAGGACUUCCAGAUCUACGAGAAGUAUUGUCAGAACAAGCCACGCUCGGAGAGCCUGUGGCGCCAGUGCUCUGACUGCCCGUUCUUCCAGGAGUGCCAGAGGAAGCUGGACCACAAGCUGAGCCUGGAUUCCUACCUGCUGAAGCCAGUCCAGAGAAUCACCAAGUACCAGCUACUGCUCAAGGAGAUGCUCAAGUACAGCAAGAGCUGCGAGGGGGCUGAAGGACUGCAGGAGGCACUCAGCUCCAUCCUGGGCAUUCUCAAGGCUGUGAACGACUCCAUGCACCUUAUCGCCAUCACUGGCUAUGAUGGCAACCUUGGUGACCUGGGCAGGCUGCUCAUGCAGGGCUCCUUCAGCGUAUGGACGGAUCACAAGAGGGGCCACACCAAGGUGAAGGAGCUGGCCAGGUUCAAGCCCAUGCAGCGGCACCUGUUCCUGCACGAGAAGGCCGUGCUCUUCUGUAAGAAGAGGGAGGAGAAUGGCGAGGGCUACGAGAAGGCGCCGUCCUACAGCUACAAGCAGUCCUUGGACAUGACCGCUGUCGGCAUAACAGAGAACGUGAAGGGGGACGCCAAGAAGUUUGAGAUCUGGUACAACGCCAGGGAGGAGGUCUACAUCAUCCAGGCACCAACCCCUGAAAUCAAAGCAGCCUGGGUGAACGAGAUCCGGAAGGUGCUGACGAGCCAGCUGCAGGCUUACAGAGAGGCCAGCCAGCACCGUGUGUUGGAACAGUCCCAGAGCCUGCCCCUGCCUGCCUCGUCUAGCACCAGUCCCUUGCAAGGGAACACAAAAAACAUCAAAAAGCUGGAAGAGAGGAAAACUGAUCCCCUGAGCCUGGAAGGCUAUGUCAGCCCAGCACCGUUGCCAAAGCCCCCCGAGAAGGGCAGAGAUGAUGUGGUCACUAGCUCUACCUCAGAAAGCUCUGCACUUUCCCGAAAGCGCUUUACCCUGCAGGGCCUUGCUAACAUCAAGGGUCAGAAAGCUUCUCCCACCAGUCCUGACAAAAAAACUAAGCGGCAUGAAGUAAAGAGUGACCCGACUCCCUUUGGUUUGCGAGGUUGGAGUAAGACACCCCCCUCACCAGAGGCCCCUGUGGACGAUGGGGAGUGGUCCAGCACAGAGGAGCCCGUCAACUCCUCCGAUGCAGAGGAAGAUGUCAGCAGCCCACCAGAGAAGCUGGUUCUGGGCACACACGCGGUUGUGGUGGGCCACGAGGAGGGCGGCCCUGACGCCCUGGCUGUGAGGAGCGGGGACACAGUGGAGCUGGUCCAGGAGGGGGAUGAAGGCCGGUGGUUUGUCCGGGACCCGAGCACAGGCAAGGAGGGCUGGGUGCUAGCCAGCAGCCUGUCUGCCCCUCUUGGCAAGUCCAGCUCAGCCCAGUGCCUGAGCAGCUCAGAGUCCAGCCCGGGGUCGGCCGUGCUAAGCAACUCCUCGAGCUGCAGUGACACUGGCCAGGCCCCCUUCGCUGACCUACAGGGCUAGGCUGGCUGUGGACAUCCAGGCUGCAGUACAGGAGACCAGCGUGCGGACCCCUACGUUUUCUUUUGCUUGGGCUUGCUUUGGUGAGAGGACAGUGCUCUAAGAUGUCCUAAAAGGGAGAACCCUAAUCCCCUCACAUGAGCCACCUGGGCACGAAGGCAGCUCGGGCCAGAGCCAGACACCAGACCCUCUCCAGAGGCUGGGUCCACGGGAAUACUCCUGUGCACGGAAGCUUCCUCAGAAGAUCUGGAGUGGACAGAGGGGGCCACAGGUGAGCAGGCCCCUGGACUUCUGUGCUCAGCCUAGCUGGCGAGAAAGACCACAGGAGCUGUUUCCAAGAGACCAGCAGCCUGAGGGGAGAGACUACUCUUGUCUUUCACAAGUUUUAGGGUUUUUUUAAGCAGGAAUUAAUCCCAUGGCCAUUUUUCAUGGACUUUGGCCUCAGAUCUUUACCAAGAAUCACUGUGUUUACAUGAAAUGACAAUUUGAUACUGUAUUUGAUAUAAAACUAUUUUUUUGUUACUGGGGUUUACAUUGAAGCAUGUGGUUUGUACCGCUGAAUGAUUUAGGGAUCUUUCACGGAAACUGAUGGCACCCCCAAAGCUCACCUAGUCACAGGUGAGUGAAAUCUUGUUCCUUGGUGACAUCAGGUGGCGUUUCUACAACUGGAAGCAGAUAGGAACCAAGAAGAUUGCUUUACCUGUGUAGAUUUCAUUUUCAAAGGAAAAUUCAAACGAUAAUUUAAGAUAGUAACAUUCUUUUCUACAAAGAGUGGGGGAAUUUGAUUUUUUAAAAGAGCUUUACUGUGUUAGGAUAUUUUUAUUAUUUUUAAAGAAAACACAAAGACCCAGUUUCUGCAGGGCAUCCUGCCAGUGCAGCUUAGUGAUCUCUGCCGUGGCGGCUCAGCCUCGUGGGACAGUACCUCAGUCCAGUACCACCUGCCUCGCACACAGGCAAACCCUCUGCCCCGUCUGGGGCAUAGUCACCCUGAGCACAGAAAUGCCAACAGGGAUAGUUUACUGUAUUCAAAUCAUGACAGAACUGGAAAGAAAAUACUUCUGUCUCACCCCUUUUUAUGUUUCAGAAACAGAUUCUGUUCUUUCUAAACACGUUUCUGUGUCUAGCCAGGCCGCUAUUUGUGUGUGUGAGUAUCUGAGUGUUUGUACAUCUGUGUCUGGGUGCAAAGGCGUGUUCACAUGUCCAAGCUGCUGCGCCGUCUUCUUGGUGCCCAGGUCCUUCUGCCAUGGAGACUGGCCCAGCUGCAUUCCCUCCAGGUCUCUCUCCCCCACCCUGUGGUGUGCAAAGCCAUUGCUGGCCAGACCUCUAGAGAUGGAAAUAAAAUAGAAAAUGUGCAAAGACUCGGUAGCUUUUCUUCUGGUGUGUUAGUUACCUGGGAAAUGACAUGUAACGCUGUGUAUGUACUACCUGGUUCUGACUGCGCUCCUUCCGUCUCACUGCGGAUUGCUCCUCUGUCAUGUGAUCUCCCCCUCAUAAAGGCACUUUAAAAUGUACGUUUCAUACACUGUUACUGGGGUUUUUUUUACUGCUGAUGUAAAUGAGGUUUAAUGAUCAGAGUUCUUUAUUGUAUGGAUGAAGUUUGAAUAAAUACAAUCCACUCCCUGCUGUCUGCCUCUGUCUGUCAAGGCACAGAGUUUCCCUGUGACGCCUCAUGAAGGCUGUAAAGGCAAUACGGCUUGCACAAGAAGGCAUCACGGCAGAGAAGACGCGGCAGCCAGCCAGCCAAGCGGAUUAGGGUGAGACAGAGUCCCUGGGCGGCACGUGCUUCAUUCUGCUGGUGAUGACAGCAAAAUAGCCAGAGUUGCACAGAGGCAACAGCGAGAGCAGUGCAGAGGAGCAGGGUAAUCACAUGAUCCCAAACAUCUAGACCCAAAACGAGAGAAUAAAGGAAGGUUGUUGAUCCAACAGAAGUAUGGUGGACGGAAAAUAGUGUGAGAUGGAGAAGAGUGCAGUGCGCCAGACUCACAGGCGUGACCCCUCGGACUGGCCUCCUGGAAGAGUAUCAGAUCGGAUGUAACAAGUAACUGCUAAAAGAGACCAUAAAACAAAACUAUACAAAGGCUGAAAAUAAAAGAAAGGGGAAAAAAGAUGAAACACCAUUAACUGAAAGACAGCUGGCUGGGAUAGCGAAAAAUGCCACCAGUCUACCAGAUGGGAUUCAGGACAGUUAAUGGCGUGAGACAGCAGUUUGCAACCCGUGUGCCGUGAGAGGAUCUUAGGUGUCCCACAAAAAAUUUUAAAGAUUAAUAAUUUUAAUUAAAUUAUUUUUGAAAGAAGUUCAAAUUGCAAUACAUAUUUUCCUUUUUGCACUCUUUUUCUUUUUUUUGAUCAGCAUUAUAAAUUAAGUGCCAUGGAAGUUUGACUAUAGGUUCACGUGAGCUAUGGGAUAAAAAGGAUGAAAAACACUGGCAUAAAAGGACACUGUGGGCCAUCACAGACUUGUAAGCACCUGACAAUAACUCUAGAAACUCGGAGAGCAAAAUUCGCAGUCAUGUGUGGGACAUGAACUAUCUCAUGGAAAGCGAUCCCUAAUAGUCCCUAAAAAUAGAGAAAUGUGCAUUAUUUUCCUGCACAUAUGGAACAUAUGCCUAAUAUUUGCAAAACAAUGAAAAUGAUGGUAUAAAAAAUGGUAUUUGGAAUUUAAAAGCAUGUUUCGCCCCCUGUGUUAGGGAGGAAAUUUUCUGGGCUCAGCUGUCUUUAGAACUGGACACUGCACAUAGUGCUGGGGCAUCAGCUUGGAUUGGCUAAAAGUGUCUGAUUUUUUUACAUGACAAAAUGAAUGAGUUAACCAUUUUAAAAAGCUAAAAAUUAAGACCUGCAUAACUCAAAGCAUAAAAAGGAGUUAGUACAAUUGAAAGGAAAAUGACAAAAGCAAACAAAGCAAAUCAAAACUUGGUUCUCUGAAAAAUAAAAUUUUUUUCACU